GGUAGCCGGGAAGGGGGGCGCGGGGGAUCGCGCAUGAGCCAGCGCCGCCUCGCCCGCUCCAAGCGCGCGUGUGUGUGUGAGUGUGUGUGCGUGCGGGGGCCCUGGAGAGCUCGCCACAAGCACCGAGAGAUGGCGGAUCCGUAUUCCUUCAGAGGUGGAAGGAGAGCUGCAGGGUCCAGCAAAACUAGCGCAAGCAAAGAAGGCAGCAGGACAGAGAUGAGGGUAAAUCCGACCCCUGAGCCCCCCAAGCUGGGAAAUGCAACCAGCGACAAAACAGAAGGCAAGAAGAAAGGGAGACCUAAGGCAGAAAACCAGGUGCUGAAAGACAUUCCUCUGCCCCUGAUGAACCAGUGGAAAGAUGAGUUCAAGGCCCAUUCCAGGGUGAAGUGCCCCAAUUCAGGCUGCUGGCUGGAGUUCCCCAGUAUUUACGGCCUGAAGUACCAUUAUCAGCGCUGCCAAGGGGGGGCGAUCUCGGAGAAGCUGACUUACCCUUGCUCUUACUGCGAAGCUGCCUUCACAUCCAAGACCCAGCUGGAAAAGCACAGGCUCUGGAACCACUUGGAUAGGCCAGUACCAGCUAGCAAAGCAGAAAACAAAGUGCAGAAAGCUGUUGGCAAGGCCAGUGGCAAGAAAAGAGCUGCUGAGAGUUCAGAUUCCCCCACCAUCCAUCCCAAACAGGCAAAGGUGGAGAAGACUGUGGCCCAGGAGCUCCCCGAGAAUGGAGAGUGCCUGGUGCAGAGCAGGAAGAACAAAGUGUUUCAGAUCUCGGCAGCGGAGGCAGUAGCAGCAGCUACCCCGUCGGCCAAGUCUUCGAGCUGCAAGGAUCCCAAACAGCAAGGGGGCCCGCAGGCUUCCCUCCAGGAGGAGGACCCAGAGAGGAUGAAGCACAGAAGGAAACAGAAAACUCCUAAGAAAUUUACCGGGGAGCAACCAUCCAUCUCGGGGACAUUUGGAUUGAAAGGCCUGGCAAAAGCAGAGGACAAGGCAAAGGCCCAUCGAGCCAAGAAACUGGAGGGGACCAGCAGCCUGGAUGAGCUGAAAAAGAAGCCUUCAGGAGCUGGUGUGAAAAGGGAGGCCGUCGCGCAUUUAUCCUCAGCAAACCCAGAGGACCAAUGGCAGCGGGAGAUCAAUGAGAAAGGAGAAGUUGCCUGUCCUACGUGUGGCGUUAUAACCAGGAAAACCAUUGUUGGGCUCAAAAAGCACAUGGACGUCUGUCAAAAACUGCAGGAUGCCUUGAAAUGUCAACACUGCAAAAAGCAGUUCAAGUCCAAAGCUGGGCUCAACUAUCACACCAUGGCCGAGCAUGUCAACAAGCCUGGUCCUGUGGAAACUGCUGGAGUUGGUGAACAGGAAGAGCGGGAAAGGCUGAGGAAAGUGCUAAAGCAGAUGGGGAAACUGAAAUGCCCCAACGAGGGGUGCACAGCCAACUUUUCCAGUCUGAUGGGGUACCAGUACCACCAGAAACGGUGUGGGAAGCAGCCCUCUGAAGUGGAGAAGCCCAUAUUCACCUGCCCACAUUGCAGGAAGAAGUAUAAAUCCAAGGCAGGACACGACUACCACAUGCGGUCGGAGCACAUUUCUUCGCCUCCCGAAGAGCCAGAGGUGAAGCCAGAGGCCAGCCCAGUAGAAGAUUUUGAAAGGACUCCUAGUGGUAGAAUCCGGCGCACAUCAGCCCAAGUAGCGGUCUUCCACCUGCAGGAGAUAGCUGAGGAGGAACUGGCCAAGGACUGGACCAAACGAAGGAUGAAGGACGACCUGGUACCUGAAACUAAGCGACUAAAUUACACCCGGCCGGGGCUUCCGAAGUUAAAUCCGAGGCUCUUGGAAACCUGGAAAAAUGAAGUGAAGGAGAAAGGACACGUCAACUGCCCCAAUAACAGCUGUGAAGCCAUCUACUCCAGCGUUUCUGGCCUGAAAGCCCACCUGACUAACUGCAACAAGGGAGACCACUCUGUUGGGAAGUACCGGUGCCUCCUCUGCCAGAAGGAGUUUAGCUCAGAAAGUGGAGUCAAGUACCAUAUCCUCAAGACUCACUCAGAGAACUGGUUCCGAACCUCUUCAGAGGCUGCCCAGAAGAAAAAGAACAGGGACCAGAUUUCCUCCAGCCAGGAGGAGAAAAAGAAAAGCACAAGUGGGAAGAAAAGGGGGAGGAAACCCAAGGAAAGGCCCCCGGAAACGUCUCUGAAAGGCAAGGAGAGCUCGGCAGCAAAGACUAACCCUAAGAAAGCCCCGGAGCCCUGGGAAGGAUCCAACUGCAGCCCCGAAGGGAGAGAGAAAGGCACCAAGCUGCCCACCCACAGGAAAGGGGGAUCCAAAUAGCUCUGUACAUGGAGAGGCAAGAAACCCAGGAUCUGGGUUAGAGCAAUGGCUGGCAAGCAAGGGCCCAUUUCAGUAGGAUUUGUGGAGACCUUACAAAAAACCGAAUAGAUGGGAACACUGAAGAUGAACAGGGCUGUCGCCCAAACUGAGGGAAUUAAGAUGAUCUCGGGUGCAAGUCAAGCUCUUGACAUCUUUAUUCCGCUUAUUCUCCAAAGGAAGCUGAGGCAGGGAAGCUGUGGCCAUCUUAGAGGCGCAUCUCAAAAGCCAUGCUAGAAAUACCUGUCUAUCGCCUCUGGUCCAGGCCACAGAAUAGCAUGUUGUAAUAGCUACACUGUUCUGAAAACAGUUGGGAGCAGGGGUUCGGAGGGAGACUGCCCCGAUGCCUUUAGACGUUGCUGGAAAUAUCCUGGCUUGCUCGUGUUGUGGUUUGUCCAUCGUAAAGGGAUGCUUGGUGGAGAUUUUUGGAUGGGCAGGGGUGGCUGGACUUUAUAGGAAAGCUGCUGUUCAAAGGAAAACAUUUGCCAUCAUUCAGGCUGCCAAGGGAAUCCAUGCAUUGAUUCCUCUGGAUGGCGUGGUAUCCCGCCCACGAAGCGCCAGCCCCCGUUAUUAAUACUAGGUGGUGGCUAAUCCGAUGUUCUUUUCCUCCUCCUCCUCCAUUUCAUUCCGCCCGUGUACCUGUAUAUACGAGACAUGAGCCUACAACCAUUUCAGUUCGGAGCCAAGCUCGUUUCUCUCACUUUAUCAGCUUCAGAUCUAGUUGAGCUGGGUUAAGGGUCAAUCAGUGGUUCGGAAGGUCCUGGAGCGUGCUGUGUUCGGGGUCCAUACGUACCUUGGACUUUGGUUUUAUUGUAUAUCCCGUAGGCAUAGGAAUUGAAUUGUUUACGGCCUAAUUCUUUACUCCUGACGUGUAAAUCCCAUUGAAGCCAAUGGGAGUUCUACAGGGAGAAGGAAUUCAUGCCUGGGUCCACUGUUUCAUCAGGCUAUAGCUCUGCUGGUAUUUGGGCUCGUUUCUCACGCAGUCACAUAAGCUGAUGACAUGUCUAUCUCUUACUCCCGUGCUGGUCCUACCGAGCUCUCUGUGAGCCCUUUGCCCAUGGUACCUCUCGCCUAAGGGUUUGGCCUGGCUUGGGCUGCCUAAGGAAAUUAAUCCAGGGGCAGACCACGGCCACUACCUGCAGCUACCACCUGCCUCGUCUGUAUUUUUGAAUUAAGGAAUUUGUCCCCUCUCCCCAUCAUGGAUUGAUUGUUGGGAGCUCCCUUGUCUCUGUGGGAAAUGCCAAUUCCUAAUCUGUGCAGGGAGUGCAGCAUGUGACGUUGCGUCCGUGCCGUUCGUUUGCAAAUGGGGUAUCCUCUGGGGCUGCAGCGCCUCUUAUUCUAGCCUGUGCAAUAACUACACCCGAAACACCUAAGCCAUAGGGUCACCCCAAGGGAGACGCCGCAAAGCCUUUUGGCUCCAUUAUCGAAGCCAGCCCUCAUUGAACGAAUCUGGAGUUCGGUCUCUCGUCACCGAGCCCCUGCAAACCCCCUCUUCUAAAAUGGCUUGACAUAAGCAGAGCAAUUCAGACAGCAGCGCGGGUUGGCCUGUUUGUGCUACAUGGUGAAUGGACCCACUCCAUUCAGCUUAAGCUGACGAAGGCCUGCUGCAAGUAAAGAAAGGGAUAAUAAGAAGGGUCUGAAAAACCAAACUGAUUGUGAAUAUCUAGCUAGUUUAUAAAUGCAGGAAGAUAUUGCAACGGGGCAGUCGUGCUGAGCCCCCAUGUUUCAGGAGGGGCUGAAGGCAUCCCUACAUGCUCUUUGGGUUAUUGCUUUCUGUGCAUAACACCAUCAUGGUUUAAAUGAAGGCUUCCAAAUGCCCAUUUAACUUAGAUUUAAUAAGGCAGCUAUUGCAUGGUAAGCAAAUCCCAGAAACUUCUCGGGGUUUAAUAACUGUGUGAUAGACUUUAUUGUCUUCUUAAAUCUAAAUGAAGGGCCAGAUUUUCAGAACUGCAAUGACCCUGACUGCGCACACAAGUCAGGUAAUGUCACCGAUUCUUUUGCACACCGUCACGUUUACUGCACCCACAAAUUUUGCACACAUUUUUGCACAUGCAGUAGUGCAUCUCCAGUGGGUGAAAAUCUGGUCCUAAAUGUGUGUCUGCAAAUCAUAAAUUGAAGGGCUAACAUUUCAAAAACAACAUGAUUCAAUCACACAUACAAAGUGUGGUUGUGCACUCGAGUUCCAUAACCAUACACUUCACACAAGCUGUGAAAAUCUAGCCCAAACUGUUACCUGAAACACCAACUCCAGCCUUGAUCUCAAAUUUCCUCUUCCUUUUGGGGAACUCUGAAGUGAAAAUGAGAGUGCAAUGUAUCAGGAAAACCUUUGUACGCAAUGACAGCAAAUAUCACGGUUCAAUACGGGGAGAAAAUCAAUCUCUGGUCAGAUUCUUGUUACUGUAGUUCUACAUGGUGACUGAUUCCUUAUUGGAGUCACCGCUGAGGAUGAUCCAGCCAAAAUAGGCACAGGAAUUGCUUUCAUCCCAGUAGACUCGCGCACAUCAACGCAAACUGUUGGGGAUUUUUUUUUCUUUCCGUUCUCUUUGUGGCACCCAUUCCAUGACAUGUCCGAAUGUUUCUUGUCAAUGCCAGUUCUUAGUGCAUAAGUGCAUUUGGGAAAAAAAAGAUUUUCAAUUUAUCACUUGUAACCAUAUAUAUAAAUAUAUAAAUAUAUAUAUAUAUAAAGUGUUUAUUUGCAAAAAAUAAAAAAAAGUUUUAACAGUAAACUAUCUUAUAAUAAACUCCCAAUUUGUGACGAUCGGUUCUUUUGUUAAUCAUAGACAAAGCCUCUGCUUGAGAGUACUGUAAUAAAUAAAUAUUAACAACAGCACCACUGAACACCUAGAAGGGGUACAUCUAUGUACUGUAUAUA